AUGUCCUGGAGGGGGCGGGUACAGGAGCGCGGACAAGGACGAGGAAAGGGCCGAACACGCCAAGGAGGAGUCGGAGGCGCUGGCGCUGGUGGAGGCAUCUUUGCCGGCAAGGCGGGCACUGCCAGCAUACUGUUGGCAUUUCUGGCAGCUGUCAGCUUUCGUGGCAUGCGAGCGCCGCUGGCCGCCUAUGCAGCACCGAUGGGUGAAAACGCAUCGCUAAUUACGCCACCAACGACGAGGACAACCACAACGCCGCUGGCGACGGGAUCACACAGUGUCCUCUUGAUGGGAACUGGCAACAGUUUUCAACAGGGGGAGGAGACAACCGUAAUGGGGGAGUCCUGGAGUGAAAGACCCGAUACGGCGACACUGACAAAGGGAUUCUCGAUUCCUACCUAUUUGCCACCUUUUCCGGACUUCAUUCCCGCCGAUUUGCCGCACCUGCAGCGGAACGCACCUGCCAGUCCAAGUCCGGCGGAUGCCAGUCCCAAGCAGACUAACGAGCAGCAAUUCCAAACCCAAUCGCCAUCCCAGUCGCAGCCCAGAUUACACGCCUACGACAGCGAACAAAAGAAGCUGCAGCUGCGACGCGAAAAGGAGCUGGCCAAGGAGCGGGAGUUGCUGCCACGGCGCCUCCUCAGCCUGCCCCCGCUGAAUGCCACCGUCCAAGCUGGCCAGCAUGCCUAUCUGCCCUGCAAGCUCAACCAGCACUCGGGCAAGCCCCUCUCAUGGGUGCGUUUGCGGGAUGAACAUAUCAUUGCGGUGGAUCACACAACCUUCAUCAACGACGCCCGCUUCUCGUCCCUGCUCCAAUCAGCGGCAACGGCAACAUCGGCGACCACCGCAGUCGGAGCUCCACCUCCGAGUCAACGCGUCACCGCGGAGGCCCCUGCCCACUUGAAUGGCUCCAGCCACGACGUCAUGGCUGGGGAGCGGGGCAACGGCAGUAGCCUGAGCUGGACACUGCAAAUCAAGUACGUGAAGCUGGAUGACGCCGGAUGGUACGAGUGCCAAUUGGCAACUGAGCCCAAAAUGAGCGCCAAGGUGCAACUGUUUGUGAUAACACCACGUACCGAGCUAAUUGGGGAUCGACAGCGCUUUGUGAAGGCUGGGAGCAAAGUAGAGAUGCACUGCAUCGUGCGUGGCACCCUGGAGGCGCCCAAGUACAUAUUCUGGUAUCGGGGCGACCAACAGGUGACUGCCAAAAACGAGGCCAGUGGGUCCCAGAACGGAUGGUAUACGCAAAUCGAUAGAAAUAUCUUCGGCAGCACUGAGCAUAACAGGAAUACGAUUGGUUCUCUGGUUAUUCCUCUGGUGCGGAAAAUACACUCCGGCAAUUAUACGUGUGAGCCGGAGAACAGUGCGGCCGUGUCCAUGCAACUGCAUGUCCUGAGCGGGGAGUACUCCGCCUCGGCCAUCAAGUCAACAGCGGCUGGCCUCUUCAGACUCGGACACGGAUACAGAAGCCUCCACCAGUGGCUUAUCUUCCUACUGGUGGCUUUGAACAAGACAUGAGGGGUAGUCCCAAUAAGCGUUUGAAGGAAAUCACUGAAAUAACAAUCCGACGGGGUGUUUUGUCUAAGACAUUAGUUUAAUUUUUAGGUAAAAAUAGCACACGAAGCUCUCACAACACAUGGACAUGUUUAUUCCGCUGACACUUUUUAAAGUCUAAGCUCAACUUUCCGAAUAUUAAUGAAGAUUUUUCUACAGAUUCUAGACAUAAUUAAUAUGUUUUCCUUUUGCAUAAGAUUAGGUCUAGUGUACUAAGCAUUAAGCUAAGCAUCUGAUUCCGAGUAACGAAAAUUAAUUUGUUAUUUGCGUAAAUAAAGCCUAAGGCGUCUUAA